GUUACGAAGGCUAUAUAGAAUACAACCACAGACCUAUAUAUACUACAAUAAAUAUAGGUUUUUGAUUGCUAGUUACGAUUUAUUUAAGAACAGCCUUUAUUGGAAUUGUACAGCCACACAAUUAUAAUGAUGCUAUGACAAAAUUGGAUUUAUAAGCUGACAAAUGUCAUUCGAAAAUUGUUAAAAAGUUUAAGCAUAUAUAUUGCUUUUAGAAACUCUUAUCAUGGAUGACAUAAGGCAUGACUUUACUAAUGAACUUAAAACUAUCCUAAAAAGUGAGGAGAUAGAUUGGUCAUUAGAAUCAGAGAUGACAGACGACAGUUCCAUGUAUGAAACUUCUAAAUUAAGUUUAGAAGAACAGACACAGAAAUCUGGAGAACAAAUUCAUUCAAUGCCAAUGAUAGAUGAGUUAAAACAAGACUUUACCAAUGAUCUCUGCAAUGUUAUGAAAAAUGAGAAGACAGAAUUUUCUUUCCUUAAAGAGACACCUGGAUUCAGCUUCAUUGGUCAAACCUGGGAAUCAAUUUUAUCAGAGCAAAAAAUAAAUCCAAAUCAAGAUAUGACUUCAAACCAAGAUAAACCUAGAAAUUCUCAUAACAAAGAUGUGCAUGCUGGAAACUUUAAAGAUGAACAAAAUAGUUCAAAUGAAAAUGGAACUCUCCAGCUGGUUUCUGCUGAAAAAUCAUUGGGUACUUCAUCAAUCUCUAAGAACCAUGGUAAAAAGCAAUUUCAAUGUCAAAUUUGUCUAAAAGAAUUCUCUACCUCUUCAUAUUUAAAAAGACAUGAGAUGAUUCAUUCUGGUAAAAAGCCAUUUAAAUGUAAAAUUUGUAAAAAAGAAUUUACCCAAUCCUCAAAUUUAAAGCAGCAUAAAAAUAUUCAUUCUGGUAAAAAGCAAUUUAAAUGUCAAAUUUGUCAAAAAGAAUUAUCUACCUCCUCAUAUUUAAAAAGACAUGAGAUGAUUCAUUCUGGUAAAAAGCAAUUUAAAUGUCAAAUUUGUCAAAAAGAAUUCACUACCUCUUCAACUUUAAAAAGACAUGAGAUGAUUCAUUCUGGUAAAAAGCAAUUUAAAUGUCAAAUUUGUCCAAAAGAAUUCUCGACCUCUUCAUAUUUAAAAAUACAUGAGAUGAUUCAUUCUGGUAAAAAGCAAUUUAAAUGUCAAAUUUGUAAAAUAGAAUUCUCUACCUCUUCAAGUUUAAAAAUCCAUGAGAUGAUUCAUUCUGGUAAAAAGCCAUUUAAAUGUCAAAUUUGUCAAAAAGAAUUCUCUACCUCUUCAACUUUAAAAAUGCAUGAGAUGAUUCAUUCUGGUAAAAAGCCAUUUAAUUGUCAAUUUUGUAAAAAAAAGUUUAACCAAUCCUCUAAUUUAAAUGAGCAUGAAAAUAUUCAUUCUGGUAAAAAGCCAUUUAAAUGUCAAAUUUGUCUAAAAGAAUUAAAGGGAUCCACAAAUUUAAAACAGAAUGAGAUGAUUCAUUAUGGUGAAAAGCCAUUUCAAUGUCAAAUUUGUCAAAAUAAAUUCACUACAUCAUCAGCUUUAAAACAUCAUGAGAUUAUUCAUACUUGUAAAAAGCAAUUUCAUUGUCUAAUUUUGAAAAGUAAAAGCGGUUGGUAUUUGUGCCUUCCACAUGACACCCUCGUUAACUGUGGGCAUCAGAAACUGAUGCCCUUAACAUUAUCUGCCCUAUAGAUCAUAAAUUCUGAAAGGGGAACUAAUAGAAUUUACUCAUUAAUCAAAUUUAAAACAGCACAAGAUAAUUCAUUCAUUCUGGUGAAAAGCCAUUUGAAUGUAAAAUGUAAAAAAAAAUCAAUUUUAAAACAGCACCAGAUAAUUCAUUUGAAUAAAAAGUUAAAUUUGUGGGAAAAAAAAAAUCAUACAGUUCUCUAAUUUAAAAAAAAAACAGGUUGGUUUCAUUUUAGUAAAAAGCCAGUUACAUGAAAUUUUUUUCAAAAGAAACUCAUUCCUCAUUUAUUAAACGGCAUGAGAGGAUUUACAUAUUUAUACACACAAAAUGGUGAAUCUUUAGCAGAUAAGGCGUUUUGUGUACUUGAGUUUGCAAAAACAAUUCUCAUUGUCACAGGGCAGAAACAUUUUCAGUGUGGGCAGGUUAAAGACAAAGUUUUUAUUGUCAGUAAAUGUCAAUAGCAUGAAAGAUUGAGCAACAGCUGCUAACAACACAUAGGAAGGGGACAUCCUGUAGCGCUUUUGGGAGGAAUUUUCAUAUCAGCUUGAUGCUGUCCUGGUGGUGUUGGUCACAUUGAGCAUCUUGGACUAAAAACUUGAAGUUAUUUGAGAAACUUGUGUCCUAUUAGGCAUAUUUUUUUGUAUUGUUAAAUAUAGGACAAUGGUUUUGGCAUAUUCUUUUUGAAGCAUCAUGUGUGUAUAUAUACAGUUCAGGUGCAUUUAAUGUACAGCUUACUAGAUAUUUAUUCACAUUCAUCCAGAAUGGAUAAUUAUUUUUUUUUUUAUAAAGAACUCAUGAUUCUAAGACUGAGUAUACCAAAAGUAUGCCUAUAGCUUAAAUAUUCAGAAAUUUCUUUUUUUUUUCUAGUUUUAUCUUUUUUGGCCUUCAUAAUCCCAUGUUUUUUUAAGGGCAUUUCAAGAAUAACUCUUAGAGAUGAAAGAUAGCACGCUCAACUUGGACUUAGGUCCUCCUGGGCCGUUUUAGCUUUCUCUACAAAGAUCUGUCACUGGCAACCACUAGCGGAUCCAGAACUUUGGAAUGGGGGGGGGGUGAUUUUUUUCCUAACCCUAUGCAUAAACGUGUGUACAGCACACACACAUACAUAUAUAUAUAUAUAUAUAUAUAUAUGAGAAUUUUAAAAAGCAGCAUUUCUCAACCUUCUGUGAAAAAGUGGGGCAGCGCUAUUAGGUUCCCUAGUGGGGUUUGGGGCAAAGCCCCGACGACAAAAGCAUUUUCUUGCAUUCUUUACUGCAGAAACGCAUUCUCCUGACAUCUACAGCUUAUUAUUCAUCAAUAGAGUUUGGGGUCGAAGCCCCGACGCCAAAAGCGUUUUCUUGCAUUCUCCACUGCAGAAAUGCAUUUUCCUGACAUCUACAGCUCAUUCAUCAAUGAAGUUCGGGGCAAAGCCCAGACGCCAAAAGCAUUUUCUUGCAUUCUUUACUGCAGAAACGCAUUCUCCGCACAUCUACAGCUCAUCAUUCAUCGAUGAAGUUCGGGGCGAAGCCCCUACGCCAAAAGCGUUUUCUUGCAUUUUUCACAGCAGAAACGCAUUCUCCUGACCUAAAGGUCAUUAUUCAUACUAUUAAAAAAAGGACCUUUUGAAAAAUAUUGUAUUUGAAAAAUAUUCUAAUAUGAAUUUAUAGGCCCUGAAUACAUUGCAAAUAAAACUGAUUUGUUCCUUGAAAAGAUAAGAUACCCCACAUAUUUAGAUUUUGGCUUUGAGGAUCGACGCUGAAAUAAAUUAUUCGAAUAAUAAUAUUCAAUGAAAUUGAAGUAUAAGUUGUGAGUUAUAGUCCCAAAUUAAUUUAACUAGUAAAAUAUCCCAUUGAGUAAAGGUUGGGAAAAGGCGACUAUAAAUUAAUUUUUUCGGUUUAGAACUCAUCUCAAUCAUGAUUCUUAUACUGAAAAAUUUCGUUUGAAUUCUAACAAAGCAAAGUCUUUCUUAAAAUAAUUAUGAUAAAUUCAUGUGAAAUUACAUAAACUCUGGAAAUGGGAGGGGCGGUAGAGUGAAAACGAUUAAUCCUCGCUCCUUUAAUAAUUUCUGCUAAAGAUUGCAUUUGGCAUUAAAGAAUAAAAAAAAAAAGUAGGGUGACUCGAUAUAAGAAUUUAAUUUAUAGUAUAUAUAUAAAUUAUAUUAGUGACAGAUUUUUUAAAUUUUGUAAUUUCUUAACUAUAAUACUAAAAGAAAAAGUAUUGGUUUGUCCUAUGGGGGAAAUGCGAUUGCAUAUAUCGCCCUUCCCACCUGGUGCAACCCUUUUUCAUUUAAAUUUACUAAUGAUAAAAUUUGAGAUUAGAGUGUGGUACGACAUAAUAUACAAUGGGUUCACAUAUCAAUAAGUAGUUUAUAUUAAAUAGAUAUUCAACUAAUUUUGUUCACAGACUAUGAUUUUCCAUAAAAAUAGGUCGCGCCCCCCCCCCCCCCCACUAAGAGGGCUAGAGUGGGAAGGGCAGUACAUGCAAUCGCCCUCCCCCACAACCCCACCGAAUCGACCAAGAUACCAGAACGGGAGCGACAUAAUAUAAAAUUUAUAUAUUAAUUCAACUAAUUUUGUUCACAAACUAUGAUUACUCCAUAAAAGGUUUAGGUGGGAAGGGCAGUAGAGGUAUUCGCCCCCCCCCCUUUCCCAAACGACAAACAGGGAACGACAUAAUAUAAGGAUCGGUUAAAAUAUCAAUAAAAAGUUUUAAUCACAUAGAUAUUUAAUUGAUUCUGUUAGCAAGCUGUGAUUUCUACAAAUAAAUUGGACCGCCCUCCCCCCCCCCCCCC